AUGAGGGCAUUACACACGCCAUUUCUAUUACUGACAACGGCCUUCUGCCUGGUCAAUGGAUCGCCACCUCGAAUACCGCCAGCCUACGCAGCAAAUGGCUCCCGAAAUUUGACCUGGCAGGUCUCGGCCACUGGCAGCACACAACGCUUCCGCGGUCUAUCGCCCGUUUCGGGUGAUAUUGCCUGGAUUGCUGGAACCAAUGGCACAAUAUUGGUCACUCUCAACGCGGGUCAGACCUGGGACUCGGUUGGCCCCGCACUGGCUCCAGAGGACGCAGAGCUCCAGUUUCGCGACAUACAGGCGUGGUCGGCGACCGAGGCGAUUGCGCUGUCCAUUAGCGAGGGCAAUCAAUCUCGCAUCUACUCGACCCGAGAUGGAGGAGAGACGUGGGCGGUGCCAUUUGUCAAUGAUGACGCUGCAGCCUUUUACGACUGUCUGGCAUUCGAUACCCCGCAGCACGGUCUGGCCAUGAGCGAUCCCGUCGACGGCAAAUUCAGGCUUCUGGAGACGCUGGAUGCAGGUCAAUCUUGGGCUAUCGUCGAUGACAGCGGCAUGCCAGAAGCAUUGGAUGGGGAGUUUGGUUUUGCUGGGAGCGGCACAUGUCUAUCAACGGCGGCUGGCAGGUGGUAUCUUGCCUCUGGGGGCGUCGAUCCCGGUAGAAUCUUUCGCAGCGUGGAUGGUCACUCUUGGGACGUGUCAAACAGCUCCAUUGCCGGAGGUGCUGCCGCCGGUGUGUUCUCGGUGGCCUUCAAGGAUGCGGUGCAUGGUAUCGCCGUUGGUGGCGACUACGAGAGCCCAAACAUCACAAACAAGAUCUCGGCAUGGUCCGAUGAUGGUGGGGCCACCUGGAUCUCGUCAGAAAAGUUUCCGGGUGGUUACCGCUCCGGAUCUAGUUGGGUCCCGGGCUUGUGCGGCGUGGCUGUUGCUGUUGGGCCAACUGGAUCCGAUGUCAGCUUUGAUAAAGGGAAAACUUGGAAGGGAUUCGAUUCUGGUUCAUUCGAUAGCGUCGAAUGUGUUGACGGACGUGUCUGCUGGGCAUCGGGUGAGGCAGGGAGGGUCGCUCGCCUAACUCUAUAG